CGGAGUGAUUUAGGGAGGACUACACCCAAGCGCCUGUCCGAUCGCAGCGACUCCUCUCUCUGUUGCCUGUAGACCAGAAGAAAGCCGGGACGUGACGGAGUCGGGGGGGUUCUUGCUUGCUGGAGGCCCACGUUAAACCACCGAUAAAUACAGCUUCUUCUUCGUCAGCUCAAGACACGUUUUGUGAUCUAACUUGACCCCCUCUACGUAUAUUUUUUUGUCCAUCUUAUUAGAGAACUCAAUUUUCACAGAAACAAACAUGUCCUGGCAAACCUACGUGGACAACCUGAUGGCUGAUGGCAGCUGCCAGGACGCGGCCAUUGUUGGGUACACGGACGCCAAAUACGUCUGGGCAUCGUUUGUCGGCGGUACCUUUGCCAACAUGACGCCUGAAGAAAUCGACAUAUUGGUAGGAAAGGAGCGUGAGGUAUUCUUCACGGGUGGGAUGACCUUAGGCAAUAAAAAGUGCUCCGUAAUCAGAGACAGCCUUCUAAUUGACAGCGACUGGACAAUGGACAUCCGGACAAAGACUUCAGGAGGAGAGCCAACAUACAACAUAUCUGUAGGCAGAGCCGCCAAAGCAUUGGUUGUUGUCAUGGGGAAGGAAGGUAUCCAUGGAGGGCAGCUCAACAAGAAAGCAUUUCAAAUGGCUGAAUACCUGAGGAAGUCCGGAUACUAAAGCAGCCUGUACCCAGCCACCUAGCAGCCCACCCUUACCACCCUGUUGCAUUUCACACUACUUCCAGUCCUAGUUGCUAGUUACUUUGUUUUUUUUUCUUUUUCUGCCUUCUCUCCUCCCCAUUUGUUAUCCCAUAUUUUGUUAUCCUCUCUCCCUUCCACACACUUGUGCUGUGUACUCUUACCCCCUUUUAAGCACUAUAAGUUGAUCCAUAGCAAAGAUGAGCAUGUUGCUAACAGGAUGUCAUGACAAAUCUGUAAUUAACCAGCAAAAUUCUGGCCAAAACACUAAAGACAAUAAAAGCUAUAGCGUCAAUUUGAAGUAGAUAUUUCUGUCUUUUCUCUCUUAUCAUGGUGCCCAUUUACUUAAUCCCUCCCAAACCCGAUCAUCAUACACACCCCGUCCCCGAGCAGCCGAUGACUUUGGAGCACUUGAGCGGUAACUGAGCUCGUCACGUCUUCCUGUUUAAUUUCCCCCCGUCAUGUCCGGGAGUGGAGACUGUUCACAUGUCGGUCCACUGUCGUUUCCCUCUCUUCCCACCGCUGUCCCCCCCCCCCCCCUCUCUACACUCCCUCCUGCCAAAAAAAUGUUUAGUUCCUCCCCUUUCCCCGUUUCCACAUCCUGUUUGCUCAAUGCAGGCGACACUACAAACCUCACAGCAGACUCAUCUUCAUCAAACACCAACCAACCAGUCCCCUAACCCCCUCUCCUCCUUUCAGAUCCACUGCUCUGUCCUGAAUACAUUUUUAUAAAAGGGGGGGGGGGGAAGCGUGUGUGGGCGGUGCUAAUAUCGGCUCCGUUGACUAUCAUGAGCUGGAUGUGCGAGCGUUGGUGUCAUCCAGAUGCUGGUAGCCUCUCCUCCCGUCAUCACGACCUCCUCCCCGACGACACCAACACCCCCAUGGACAUUCCACAGUAACAAUGGCUCAGGCACUUACUACUGUUUUGUUUGCCAGCUCCUGUAAUAUAUUUUCUUUCUUCUUUUUUUUUUUUGGAAGGCUGCCAUUUUUGGACAGUAGAUAUCCCAGCAUAUAACCAUCUGGAGCGUGUCCAGUUUUAAUUUUUUUUUUCUUUUUUUAUAGGACCAAGUGUAGUCAAAGCUCGGGUGUUUAUACAAUUGCUCUAAACCAUAUGAAUGAUGACUGCUAACUUUUUUCUGAUGAAGGAAACACUAACCAGAUAGUAAUACUUACCAUGGUUAAGACAUAUGAAGGACAGGGGAGGUAAGGGUGGGAGUAUCUGAAGACAAUUCUCACUACAUUGUUACACUACCUUUUUUUUUUCUUUAUUGUUAAAAAAACAAACAACUGCAUUUGUACAAACCCAUGCUGUGUUGACAACUACAAAACUGUGGAAUAAAUUGCCUUUUACUCUAUAGUCAGCUGAGCUCUGGGGUAUCACACGGUUUGUCCGCGUUCAGUACUGCUAACUGUAACGUCCAACUGACAAAAAAAAACAAAAAACACUUUUCAAAAGUAGAAACGACACUCGACGGGAGAUGGGAUUGGUUGGAACAAAGAUGCUUAUGGUUGUCUUGUUGAAAUUUAACUGCAGAACCUGUGUAUCCUGUGCCAUAAUAUAGAGAGAUCUGUUGCUGUUGUAAGAUGGAUUUUACCCACUGUCCACUAAAGAGUCAUUUCAUUGGCACUUUUUCCUUUCUUUUCUUUUCUUUUUUUUUUUUUUUUUUUUUAAAAGCUUCAGCUCCACUGUUUAGGCCUUGUGGGAUAUGUGUACUCAUAAAAAAAACAACUGUUUCAAGUCCUAUUUGCUGAUUUAUGUUCAUUUCCUUUUUCCUCACCACUUUUGUUUCUUUAAUGCAUCUGAUUUCAUAUGCAUAAAACCAAGAAAUGCCAUAAAUUGAUUUAUCACCUUGUUUACAGACAGAUCAAAUAAAUUUAUUCCAACCAGA